CUCUGCACUGUACAAGUAAGCAACUACAGAGAGGAGACAAGGACAUAUUGCUUGCAAAAGAGGAUCUUCAGUUAAGAAAGAACAGUCAACCAAAGUGUGGGACAGAUCCAUGGAUUUGUUGAUGACUUUCACGUGGAUUAUAAUUUAGCCUGUGGCGAUCUGCUGUGGUCCGUAGAAGAACAGACCACCCACCUUUCUGCUGCUUUUCUGUUCAAGCUGAAAUCCUAAGAGGCACCUGUUGUACAUGAAACUGCAGGACGUGUUGUAAUGGCCUUGAAACUGCACUGAAGACGGACCUUGCCCCCCCCCGCCCCCCGGCCAUCAUUUGUGAUUGGUACUGUUACUGUUGUGGCGGUGUGUUGUUUUCCACCGUGAGUGGGCUUGCUGCUUUAUCUGGUCUCGUCUUUUUUUAAGAAAAAAGAUGUCCGGAACUGGCUCUCAUCAAGACGCCAGUACCAAGCCAGGCCUGUUGGAGAAGAAGAACAACAACCCAGAUGACUCCCAGCCCUCAGUCAAUUCAGAAAGGAGGAACAAAAGUGGGAUAAUAAGCGAACCUUUGAACAAAAGUCUUAAGAAGUCUCGACCACUCUCCCACUACUCCACUUUUGGUAGCACCAGCUCAUUAAGUGAACAUUCUGAGAAAGGUGCCCCCAUAGCCAACGGCAAUGAAGCAACUAUGGAUAAAAGCAAUUCUACCUCAAAGCACAAAAGCAUCUCCGACAUGCUGAGCAAAUCAGAUAUUUCUGCAGAAGGACAGAGCAUCUUGCAACAGUUUGCUCAGUCGACAGAGCUGCUCAAAAGAGUAGUCCAGGAGCACAUUCCCCUGCCUAAUGACCACGGGACGGGCAUCUCAGACAUGGAAGCUGUCUCGGCUGCAGAGACAAUGAACAGCCCAUCUGAUUUUCCUUACCUGGGGGCUUUUCCCAUCAACCCUGGCCUUUUCAUUAUGACCCCUGCUGGUGUAUUUCUGGCAGAGAGCGCACUCCAUAUGGCUGGCUUAGCAGAGUACCCAAUGCAGAACGAAUUGGCAUCUGCCAUCAAUUCAGGGAAAAAGAAACGGAAACGGUGUGGCAUGUGUCCUCCUUGCAGAAGACGGAUAAAUUGCGAGCAGUGCAGCAGUUGUAGGAACCGUAAAACUGGGCACCAGAUUUGCAAAUUCCGAAAAUGUGAGGAACUUAAAAAGAAGCCUUCUGCUGCACUGGAGAAAGUGAUGCUUCCUACAGGCGCUGCAUUCCGGUGGUUUCAGUAGGAACAAGAAUCCCAAAGCUCUGUCAUCCAGUGCAAUGUCACUGCUUGCUUGUGUUGUCUCAGGCAAGGCAUUUUUUUGGCGGAAAUGAAUGGAUGCGCCUGUGUCUCCUUUAGAACCAAAAAAUUUUUCUCGCAGAUUUCAUUCCUGUUUUUAUAAUUAUUUUUUUUUUUUGCAUUUGUUUAACAUCUUCGAGUACUAGUAAAAAAAACAAAACAUUAACUGCUUUUCAGAUAUUUUUUUUUAAAAGAAUCCAUAAAGUAACAAGACAUAAUAGAGUAUGGACAAUCAAUUUAUUUUCCUGUGUUUUGGUGUUGAUGUUGUUUAUGUGUGGAAGAUGCAGUUUUUGUGUAGAGAAUGUAAAUUUACAGUAACCUUUUAAAUCUAGUUACUAAUAAGCACUACUGUAAUUAGCACAUCUGUUUAUUCAUUCAUAUUUUUGUUUGAUUAAUUUCCAUCAUUAAAGAAAAAUAGUGUGGCUAGUUUCUAGAAUCGCUCAACUUCAUGUUUAUAAAUGAGAAUAUGUUUAAAAUAAGGUAGUUUCCCUUUCCCUAACAUACACAUAAGAUUAAGGUUUAAUCAGCAAAAUGUUUGGUAUGAAAAAAGUGGAAAUGUACUGCAAAACUGGCAAGUUUUUAAAGCAAAGCAAAAUGAUAAUUAAGUUUAGACCAAGAAGAACUGCACACUAGAAUAAACCUGGAAUUAACUGCAAUUAUUCUCUUUUAGAAAAAACAUUACUGGAAUUCAGAUAUAAAGCUAUUGCAGAACCCGUGUUGGAAACAUAUAUGAGUCUUUUUCUUCUGUUCAAAGCCCUUGUUUCCCUGCUUUCUGACCAUCACUAACUGAAAGGCUGUUUGUAACGUUCUAGCGAUUCAGGCUGUUUUGUGAAUAAAAAUGAAAGCAUGUUUUGUGU